AACUUAAGUCAUCCGCCACUUUUCAACAAACGAUGGCUUCCGAAACGAUUCCCGCCCGCUUCGGCCAUAUCCGGCGUUACUUUGCGCUCUUCCUCCUCCUUACUGUGAUUAUUGGUGUGAGCGCAUACGAGGACACUGUUCCGUUGAUUCUAUGGAGUGGCAAAAAAUUUUCAGUUCCAAGUACCUCCUCCAUACUCCGGAGAUCAGACUUGUCGCCAGUGUUUGGAAACGUCGGUUGUCGGAAACUGAAUGUGGUCUUUGAACAGAAAGAUCUUCACGCCUUGGAUCUUCCUCAUUUGUCUCCCGCAACCAAAAAGUUGAAACGAUCAGUAGACUCUGCUCCUUCGAGCCUCAAAAUAUCAUUUGUUGCGGCCGCAAAUGAUGUGAAAGAUGUCGUGGAACAUAUCCAGGAUGCAUGCCAGAAAGCUGGGCAGGAGGCUGUCGUUCUGAAAAUUGGAGAAGAUGGGUCGGUACCUGAUCUCAGUGAUGGAAAAAGUUACAUCCUGGUCGCUAGUUUGAAGCCUCUUCGCGCCGCUUCAGCAGCAGAACACGUCGAGACAAUGACCGAAAAUGACAACGUUAUCGACAAGGUGCUGACCGACAUCACCAAGCUGGAACAAGACGAUUGGACAGCUGUGUUUACCGGUGUAUCCAACCCUUCGACGCUGCGAAAGCGAGCUACUCAAGCCACCCCCUUGCCAUGGAGCAAGCGCCCCAUCUUCCAGAAAUACGUGUUUUUCAAUCAAGGUCUCUUCAUGUGCAUUUUCGCGAUGGUGCCUCUCGUGAUCAUCGGAUUACUUGGCGUACGAAUCAUUAGCAGUAUUCAAACGCCCACUCGCUAUGAAACCAAGAAGAAGGAAAAAUAGGGACUAGAAUCCUCUACGCUCAUUCUCUUAUAUGUUGUGCCUGAAUAUACCUUGCUGUUCGUCUUCACGUAAAGAACAAAGUGGACUCUGCAUCAGUAAUUGUCACGCGUAACAGAAUUGCAAACUGUAUUGGUAUAUAGUAUGCGAAACAGCUGUAACAUGGUGUAAUUCGGUACUGGAAUGCCAAACUUCCGAUUUACCUGUGAGUAUCAGUAUC